AGAGCGGGUCUUCUGCCACUUGGGGUGGGGGAAAUACAGUUUUAUGGCUGGGCCCCUAUUCAUCACUGCACACCCCCCACCCCCCCGUUCAGCUGCUGAGCCUCGGACCCGGUGUCUGUCUGCAGCAACCACACGGCUGCCAGUUGAUAGACGGGGCACGGACAAACGAACCGAGACUCCAGCCCUAUUAAGCUGGUGUGUCCAAUUUGUACGCGUGGGUGGGGAAAUGCGCUGCGAGUAAACUAAAACAGUCGCUUGCUAUCGGCUAGCGUUACCUGUAGCCCUGACACAGCAACAGCUAGCAUUUGAGGAUAGCUAGCCGCUACUGAUGGGUGUGCUUCUGCAAAUAUUCUGUUUGACGUUAAGUUGCUGCGACUAGUUCUGCGUGGAUGAAUCUAAAAUCCACGUUAUUUGACGUUAGGACGGUGACCAUGAUAAUGAUUGUCGUGCUUCCGUAUCAUUACAUAACGCGACAGAACAAACUAGACAACUGGCUAAUGGUAGCAUUGUAGUAUCCCCAUUCGUUUUUUUGUAAUUGGCAGCUCUUCUCAUUACGUUGUGAUUCGAAAAGAACGGCUGUUCAAACGAGACAAGCCGGUAUUAGGUGUUGAGCCCGAUGCUCAAGCUAGGUCAUAUUUACCUGGCUGAACUAACUAUCCUUCCUGACAGCCGGUUUAGAUUGUCCAGAUACUUUCUCCAAAAUAACACCGCUCUCUAAACCCAGUGCAAAUCUCUAUGCUGAUCACAAACAAAAUUACCUUCAGUCAGAAACCCUCCACGUGGAGAGGGUAGGCUCAGCACAAGUCAUAUUUGUUGCCCAGAGUAAAGUGUCACUCAACCCUAAGCCCAUAGUUCAUCCACAGUAGAGCAUGGCCCCUAAAAAGAGACCAGUUCCCUUAAACAUUGUUCCAUCUGGUGAUGGAUCAUCCACGCCCACCAACACAGAUGUUGGAUCUGAGGCUAAUCUAGAGGCGCUUAAGAGAAUAUUGGAAGAGUUGGACCUGGAUGAACAGCAGAAGAAAAGGUUAGAAGCGUUCCUCACCCAGAAGGCCAAGGUGGGCGAGUUGAAAGAUGAUGACUUCCACCGCGUCUGUGAGCUGGGUGCUGGCAAUGGAGGUGUAGUCAGCAAGGAGUGCCACAAACCAUCGGGAAUAAUCAUGGCCAGAAAGCUCAUUCAUCUCGAAAUUAAACCUGCAAUCAGGAACCAGAUCAUCCGAGAGCUGCAGGUGUUACACGAGUGCAACUCUCCCUACAUUGUGGGCUUCUAUGGAGCCUUUUACAGCGAUGGAGAGAUCAGCAUCUGCAUGGAAAACAUGGAUGGUGGAUCUCUGGACCAGGUGCUGAAAGAAGCAAGGAGGAUCCCUGAAGAGAUUCUGGGAAAAGUCAGCAUCGCUGUUUUGAGAGGCCUUGCCUACCUAAGAGAAAAACACCAAAUAAUGCAUAGAGAUGUGAAGCCUUCAAACAUCCUGGUGAAUUCCCGCGGUGAGAUCAAGUUGUGCGACUUCGGUGUCAGUGGGCAGCUCAUAGACUCAAUGGCCAAUUCCUUCGUUGGGACAAGAUCCUAUAUGUCGCCUGAGAGACUACAGGGAACCCACUACUCAGUGCAGUCAGAUGUAUGGAGUAUGGGCUUGUCCCUGGUGGAGCUGUCGAUUGGGCGCUACCCCAUUCCUCCGCCAGAUACUAAGGAACUGGAGGCCAUUUUUGGACGAACCAUGUUUGGCGGUAGUGAGGGAGAGACGCACAGCACUUCACCUAGACCAAGGCCACUGGGGAGACCUGUCAGCAGUCGUGGUGCUGCCAUGGCUAUCUUUGAACUCCUAGACUACAUAGUAAAUGAGCCCCCUCCUAAACUACCACACGGUGUGUUCACGUCUGAUUUCCAUGACUUCGUGACAAAGUGUCUCAUCAAAAAUCCAGCAGACAGGGCUGACUUGAAAAUGUUAAUGAACCACACGUUCAUCAAGCGGUCUGAGGCCGAGGAGGUAGAUUUCGCUGGCUGGCUUUGUAAAACCAUGGGGCUGAAUAAACCAAGCACUCCCACGCGCCCCGCAGACUGAGCACACAAUCUUCUUACACUCAGUAUGUAAAAACAUGGAGAAGCUGCUGCCUAAAAACCGUACACCCACACAUACGCAUCUUGUUUGCCACAUCCUCCCUCAGGUGAACCCUGGAAGUUGACCACAUGCUGGGAAAGAAACUUUAUCUUCAAUUUGCACCUUCAGUCCACAGAGAUUCAGUUAUCCAUUCAAAUUUAUUCUUUAAUCAGCUGCAGCAUUACUCCUCUGACCAUUGGACAACAUUGGUUUGACUAACAUGAUUUUAGGCCUCUGGUUAUCCUCACCUCAAUAUCCAGCACUCAUACAGACUGUAGAUACUAUAUCAACACUAGAAGAUUGAUCUAGCUGUGCUUAAUUUUCUAGCAUUCACUUAAUCUUUUUGUUUUUCUCGUCUUGUUUCUCCAAAGGGUUCUUAGGCUUAUAGCAUGAGUGUUUCAAUCCCAGCAUCUCUACAUGUGUACAGGCAGAUACCGUAUAUGAUUUUUUUGUUUUUUAUGUGAUAUGCAAACAGGAUUGUAAGAAUCAGUUUACUGUACUGAACAUGUCAGGUUAUGUGUUUCUUUGCUAGCAAGAGGGGACUGAGUCUUGGAUUACUAUCAUUUUUUGCAUUUGUUGAUGUGACCUGAUUUCCACAAAUUUUGAGACAUCUUGAGGUGAAGCAUAGUGGUUAAAACAUUUUAGCAUGACCCCCCCCCCCCCCCCCCCCCCCACACACACACACACAGACACACACACACACACACACAAAAGUACAGCCUUAAAUGCACCCUCUGUAUCUUGUGGUUGUUUCUUAGUAACUCAAAACAGCGUCCUUGGUUUCAGAUUUGCUAUUGAAGCACAGACUGGCUUUAAAAAGAUUUGAGUUUCAGCCCUAGAAAGUAGCUACUAUUACGAGACUGCUCUUAUCUCUUAAGAAAGCUGCAUUGCGACUCACUGCAGCCUCGGCUGGAGCAAACAGUUAUUUUUCUGUUUACGACUUGAAAAACAGGACAUGGGUUUGCCAUGCAAGUGCCUCCUGUGUUGUGGCAGAUUAGGGCAUUUCACUCCUUUUCUUUAUGCUUUCUUCUUUUCUGUAAUGAUUUAAAUAUUUAGAUGAUUUGAAUCAUCAAACAUUGGAGGGUUUUUUGAGUCAUAACUGUCAAUAAAUCAUAUGUAUUAAUUAGUAA